CGCAGCCCGCCGGCCCGGAGGACAGCGCCCAGCCGGCAGCCGCCUGAGGGACCGGACGGAUGCGUCUCAGAGACAGACCUAUGGUAAGAUGCCACUGCCUGGCCAGAGAAGAGGGGGUCCCCGGGAGCCUCACCACGCCAAGUUCCCGCCUCUCGGUCCCCUGGAUGUCAGCAUGGCCACCACAAACCUGGAGAACCAGCUGCACAGCGCACAGAAGAACCUCCUGUUCCUGCAGCGGGAGCACGCCAGCACGCUCAAGGGGCUGCACGCUGAGAUCAGGCGGCUGCAGCAGCACUGCACGGAUUUAACAUAUGAGCUGACACUCAAGAGUUCUGAACAUCCAGGCGACGCGUCUUCCAGGAGUGCAGAGCUGAAGAGGCGCUGUGAGGAGCUGGAGGCCCAGCUGCGAGCCAAGGAGGACGAGAACAGCGAGCUGCAGCGCGAGCUGGAGCAGAAGAACGCCGUCAUCACCGUGCUGGAGAACGCUGUCCGCGAGCGUGAGAAGCGCUACCUGGAGGAGCUGAAGGUGAAGAGCCACAAGCUGAGCCUGCUGUCGGGCGAGCUGGAGCAGCGCGCCAGCACCGUGGCCUACCUCACCGCGCAGCUGCACGCCGCCAAGAAGAAGCUGCUCGGCUCCGGCGGCACCUCCGAGGCCAGCCCCGCCGGCAGCCCCGCGCUGGCCAGCUACAAGCCGGCGCCCCCCAAGGACAAGCUGCCCGAGACACCGCGCCGCCGCAUGAAGAAGAGCCUCUCAGCCCCACUGCACCCCGAGUUUGAGGAGGUCUACAGGUUUGGGGCCGAGAGCCGCAAGCUGCUCCUGCGUGAGCCAGUGGACGCCAUGCCCGACCCCACCCCGUUCCUGCUGGCCCGUGAAGCGGCCGAGGUCCCGCUCCUCAAGGAGCGGCCACUCGUCAUCCCGCCCAUUGCCUCGGACCGCGGCGCCGGCGGGCAGAACAGCCCAGCCCGGGAGAAGCCACACAAGGCCCACGUCGGUGUGGCCCAUCGCAUCCGCCACGCCAGCCCACCGCAGGCGCCGCCCGAGGUGGAGACGCUGGUGGUGGACCAGGUGAACGGGGGCAAGGUGGCACGGAAGCACUCAGGGACGGACAGAACUGUGUGACGCCGCCGGCCACGCCCAGCUGUCCACGCACUGUGACCCACGCAGGAACCUCGCCCACACCUCAUUCCCAUGCAUGCCAAAUUGUUUUCAGACCUGCCCACCGACACCCCACUCCUCUCAUCCCUCCUGAUACCAAAAUGCAAUCACGUCCCCACUGCAAAACAUGUAUUUAUGACACUGAGGCCAAACACUCGCGCACCGAUCGCUUGCUUCCUUCGCACCGUGCGAGCUCAGUGCGUGCUCGGCCAGAGUGCACCGCCACGUGACGUUCUGACGCGCGUUGCCUCGACGUCCUCCCCAUUCUAGGGCAGCCUGCUUGGAGCACCCCACUCCUCCCCGCAGACCCCUCCCAGGGGGCACCAUCACCGAGCGUGUGUCUAAAUAAGAUGGCGCUGCUCCGCUCAGCACCACAGCCUGAAUGUGUCUUCAUAGUUUUUUGUUAGUUUCAUCCAAAAUGUUCAAGAUCCCAACAAACUUUAUUUUCUAAACCUGC